AUGCAGGUCUUUCUUGGAAAGCUGCUUCCGCGAAGACGUCUUUGUUGCCUGGUUUUGGUUUUGAUGCUCGUCUUGAUUGUUCUGGUGUACUGCUUUUCCUUCUACCAUGCAAUCGAAUGCACCGACGUGAACAAACUCGUGACUUUGCGGCGGAACGAAGAACAUACACAAGUAAUCGUCAAUAAACAGGAGUUCUUGCUGAAGCACAUUCCUUGUACGGUAAACGGAUCCGUGAAGCAAAACGCCAAAGGUGUCGAAUCAUUCCAGUUUCUGCACAGCUAUGCUAAGCUUCACAGACCGGAUUUCAAGGUGUACGACCCUUUCGGGCCGUACGGAGUGCCGUUGUCCAUACAAUGGCAACCGAAGCCAUAUUUCUACCCGAUUCAAGUGGCACAAUUUGCUCUGGAGCACUACAGCAAAAACAAGACAGACUUAGCUCCCAUACGGUUACUGCUUCAUGAGGCAACUGGUGCACUGGAUGCUUCUUCGGUUGCAGUCAAAAGCGUGAACAGCAGUUAUCCGGAAGGACUGUGGCACUUUAAAAAUUUGGCCAAAGAAAGCGUGGGAUUGCAAUUCUCCUUGAACACGCUGUCAAAUAACGUAGAGCUGUUCGUGAUUCGUUUUUCUGUGAUGUUCAUGACACCGAACUCAUUUUUUACGGUAAAACUAAGGAACACGAGCUCUCAGAAGGAUUUCUUCUUGCACUACGUCCAGAUGGACGAAACGUUGCUGGUGAAGGGUCCGAAUCGACUGUACUACGGCAUUGGGUCGAAACGUACAGAUGCCGUUUGGCGACGGAUAACCCUAGAGUUGGUUUCGCUUACGUUUCACGGUCAGGGUAUCGUCACUACACCGUCACUGCAAAGCAGCUCCCAUAUGGACCACUUUUUUGAUGGAGCCGACUGGCUGCUGGAUAACCAAGACAAGAACGGCGGUUGGCCCGCAAAAGUGCGACGUGUGAUAGCGAACGGUGCGUUGGUGCUGGAACCAGGGUGGUACUCAGCCAUGGCGCAGGGUCACGCGAUGUCUGUCCUCUGUCGCGCUUAUAAUGUAUCAGGGGACGAAAAGUACCUUAAAGCUGCCUUGAAAGCUACCGACCUUUUCCUAGUGGACGCCUCCAAGCAGGGCCUUGUAAACUAUCUGUUCGGGCGCAUCCCUUGGUACGAGGAGUACCCCACGGUGCCGGGAACAUUCGUUUUGAAUGGAUUCUUAUAUUCUCUGGUAGGACUUUACGAUAUGAGUCACUGCGACUGGACAGGGCGCUCGAGAAAGUUGUUCGAACGCGGCCUGCGCAGCCUCAAAGACGUUUUGCCGCUGUAUGACAUCGGCUACGGUUCAAGCUAUGACCUGAGACACGUUUCAUUGAAGCUGGUACCGCCAAACAUCGCCCGAUGGGACUACCAUUCUGUACACAUCUACCUGUUAUUUUGGCUUCACGUGAUUGACAGCAGCAACCUCUUCAACGUGACUGCUGAACGAUGGAUUCGAUACACGCUAGGUGAACGGGCCAAGCACAAUUGA